GAAGAAAAUAUUUUUUUUUUUUUGAAAACACAGAAGAAAAGAUUGUGUUCUCAAAUCUCAAUUUCAAUUCAAUCUACUAUGGCUUCUUCUUCAUCGUCGCGUCCUUAUUCGGGGUUUGAUGUCUUCUUGAGCUUUAGGGGCGAGACACGGACAUCAUUCAGCGAUCAUCUCUACACAAGCUUGUCGGACGCUGGGGUUCCAACCUUUCGAGAUAAAGAAGGGAUCCGGGAAGGCAACGACAUUUCUGAUGAGUUGAAGCAGGCCAUUGAGGGGUGUGAGGUAUCCGUUGUUGUAUUCUCCAAAAAUUAUGCACAAUCCAGAUGGUGCCUUAACGAGCUGUUGAAAAUGAUGGAGUGUCAACAAAAAGGGGCACAAAAAAUUCUUCCCAUAUUCUAUCAUGUUACUCCUGAAGAGGUUCGCAAACAGACAGGCGAGUUUGGCAUCGCACUGAAUCAACAUAUAGAGCGAUUUGGAGAAGAAAUAGUUAAUGGGUGGAAAGCCGCACUCACUAACGUUGCUAAUUUGGCUGGAUAUCAUAUCACGGAAGACCGGUAUGAGUCAGGGAUCAUCAAAAUAAUUACUCAGCGUGUACUAAUGGAAUUGAAUCAUGCAUACAUGGAUAUUGCAAAGUAUCCGGUUGGAACUGAUUCUCGUGUGAAAGAUAUAGAGAAUUUAUUGCAAAGUCCAACAAAUGAUGGUGUGAAGAUGAUUGGAAUUUUUGGCAUGGGUGGUGUUGGGAAAACAACCCUUGCUAAAGUUAUAUACAACAGGAAUUUUCGAAGGUUUGACGGUAGUUGUUUUAUUGCAAACAUUGGAUCUGAAGUUUCUGGGGGAGCUCUAGCUCGUAUACAAGAGAAACUUGUUGGCCUCAAGAGAAAAAUGCAUGAAAUAGAAAAUGCUGAUCAUGGAAUAACUUUAAUUCAAAGAGUACUGUCAUCAACCAAGGUUCUUAUUGUUCUUGAUGACAUAAACAGUAGAAAGCAACUAGACUCAUUAGCAAGACAACGAAAUUGGUUUGGUCCAGACAGCAUAAUUAUCAUAACAACUAGAGAUGUUCAGUUGUUGAGUAACCUUAGAGAACACGAAAAGUACGAGGUCAACAUGUUAAGCUUUAAUGAAUCUUUGCAACUCUUGAGUUUGCAUGCUCUUGAUGUCUCUGUACCAAAUAAGGAGUAUAGUGAACUAUCCGAAACGAUAGCGCGUUAUACUAAAGGGCUUCCAUUAGCCCUUGAAGUCAUAGGUUCUCGUUUACAUAGAAAACCAGUGCAGGGAUGGACGUACUAUGCUGAGAAAUUAAAAAAGAUGCCUCCUGGAGAUGUUCAAAAGAUUCUUAAAAUAAGCUAUGAUGCACUUGAUGAUGAUCAUGCUAAGAACAUCUUUCUUGAUAUUGCUUGUUUUUUCAUUGGGGAUGACAAAAACAACACUGUUAAGAUAUUGGAAGCUUGUAAUUUUGUUUCUGCAGAGGGAAUCGAAAUUUUGAGAGAGAGAUGCUUGUUAAAAAUAAAUAAAUCUGGAAAUUUUGAAAUGCAUGAUUUAAUUCGUGAUAUGGGUAGAGAAAUUGUUCGAAUGGAAUCCCCUCGAGAGCCUGGCAAACGCAGUAGAUUGGUGGAUCCAAAGGAUAUCAUUGAUGUUCUUCGGGGAAAGAAGGGCACGGAUGCAAUUGAAGGGAUGAUUGUAAAUUCUAAUAUGUUGAAGGAUGAGCCUUUCAGUACCGAAGCAUUUGCAGGGAUGAAAAAUUUACGGAUACUCAUAUUGGAUGGUCUGCAUCUUAGAGGAUCUCUUGAAUAUUUGUCCCAUGAACUUAGACUGUUUAGGUUACGUAAUUGUCAUUUUAGUUGCUCACAGUGGCUAUCUGAUUCUUUCCUUGGAAAACUUUGGAACCUUGUUGAGUUAGACAUGUCUCGUAGCAAUAUCAAAGAAUUUCAGCCGGAUAUGAAGCAUUUGACAUGCUUGAAGAUCUUAAAGCUUGAUGAUUGUGAAGUUGAGAAAACGCCAGACUUCACCGGAGCACAUAGCCUUGAGAAAGUAUUCUUUCGUAGUUGUUCAAAAUUGGUCGAGGUGCACCAUUCCAUUGGAAGUUUGAAUAAACUUCUUGUGUUAGAUUUCAACUCUUGCAGUGCACUAAAGGUGCUUCCAGCUGAGUUGGGAAACUUAGAGAAAUUAAGUGAGUUAAAUGUUAGGGUAACUGCCAUCAGAAAUAUGCCCGCUCCUUUGAGAGGUUUGAGAAAUCUAAAGAACCUGGACUUGAGUUUACUACGAUCAACAAGAACUACUCGUGGUCAUGCUGGUUUACUUCCACCUUCGGUUGCGGAAUUACGCUCCUUGGAAAGACUGAGUACCCAUAGCACCAUCCUGUAUGAAAUAGAUCUUCCAGUUGGUCUUGGGAGUUUGACCUCAUUGACAAAUUUACAUUUAUCAGGAUGUUUCUAUAUUCAAGAUUUACCAUUCAGCCUUCGUGAUCUUUCUAACUUGAAAAAUCUCAACUUGGAUGACUGGCAAAAUCUAAGAGUACUUAAAGAUCUUCCUCCUACUUUGGAGUCUCUCUCUGCAGGAAAUUGUGUGUCAUUAGAGAAAAUAGCAGAUAUAUCAACUUUGCAAAGACUCCAAAAAUUGAAUAUUCCCAACUGCAAGAACUUGGCUCCGAUUCCAGGCCUAGAGACUCUUGAAAACUUACAGUUGCUUGAGAUAAGAAAUUGCAGUCGUUUGACUCCUGUUGAAAACUGGUUCCAGGCACGUUCUGAAGGUGGUUCUGAAGAUGGCUCUGAAGGUGAUAGUGUCAAGUUUCGUCUUGAAGGAUCGGGAGUCGGUUAUUUAGCAUGCCGUGUUCCAACACUUUUGGGGCCUAAAUUCAUAAGAACCGAUAACCCUGCAAUUAUUGAGGGUCCCCUUGAAGGACUUCGUAUCUCUGUCAGUAGCACAACCACUGAUCGUUGGGUUGAAUUCAAAGAUGAAUAUAAUUAUAGUAAGUCUGCGUUUACAGGCUAUAAAAUUGACUUUAAGGUCCCAAGAAUAACUGGAGAAAGAUUAGAGGUGUAUGCAGAAUUCACGCCUUCAGAGUUGACACUUUGUCUAUUUGAAAUACAAAGAAACCGAGAUGGGGAAUGGCGUUUCUUUCCAUCCACAAGGGGCUGGUUGCCAUCUGCAUGGGGCUACCUGCAGCAAGGUGAUGAUGAACCAACAACAUCACAUAGGGAGAAGCGUCUUAAAUUGCUGCAAGUUGAUGAACCAACAACAUCACAUAGGGAGAAUCGUCCUAAAUUACUGCGUGUUGAAAAUUUAUCUACUAGUAUAACGCGCGGUUUCAGACCUAAGGAGUAUUGUUGUUGGCUGGAGGAAGGUAAAAGGCCCAAUCUAGCACUUGGUGGCAAAAGGAUUGUUGGGCAGAGGCCUAGCAGACCAAGUGAAGUUAAGUCCAGCAUCCUGACUGCUAACUAGCAAUAGACGUGGCUAGGGCAUUUGGCAUGGUGGUAAGCGGUUUGAUCCUAAAAAUUGUGGAGUUAAGAGAGGAAAAAUCAAAAGGGGUGGGAGUUGUUAUUGACCUCUUCUAGUUAAUCGCAAGAGUUGCUCUUUUAUGGAUAAAUCAAACUAGGAAAACCAUGUGACGGACUGCCUCCCCUGCGUUUCAGCUGUUCUGCUUUUUCCCACUCUUCGCCCACCGCCACUUCCCCAUUAGAACAGGAAUUGAAGACCCUGAAGCUUCUAAUAUAUUGAUGUUGGUAAGGAAACUUAUUUAGAAGAUUCUUGUGGCCUUCUAGUUGAGUGAGACUGAAAACACAGAAUAGUAAAAAGGCUGUUCUUUUAAAGAUGGGGAGGCUCUAUGUGAUCAUGUUCUAGUGGGUUUUCCUUACUGAUAUCUUUAAAUGAAACACACAUUGCUGUAAUGAAGAGUUGUCUCUACAAGUUAAAUGAAGAAAAAGAAAGAAAUUGAUUUUGUGCUUAGCAACAACCAUCAACUCUGGGAUCAGAGAAAAACUCACAGAUACUAUCUGAUUUUGUUAAAUUCUGUUCGACGAAUUCCAUCGAAAGGAUGUUUAAUUUACAAUAAUCAAACUUAUGGUCUUUUCGUACAAGAAUCAUGCUACUUCAUCUCACUCAACUAUUUUUGGGGCUUUAAUUUUUAUUUUUUUUAAUCAAUGUGUAUUGCAAGGAUGACAAAAUUUGACAUCAUCAACCUUGUGGAGUCCAUUUUUUAAAAAGAUAAAGUUAAAUGUUAAUUUAGUAUUAUAUUAUAUUUUGAGAGUGAAUUAGAAUUAUAGUGAUGGAAGAGAAAUUAUUAGUGAAA